GCGGGAACCUUUAGAACUCUGAAACAGACCUGCUGAAAAUAAAACUGAAUAAAUUCACCUUUAAAAUAUCCCAAAGUGUUUAUGAGUGAGUCGUGCAGCACAGGUCUGCUGUCGUGGCCUGGUGGAGUGAAACCUCAGCUCCUGACAGCAAUAUGAAAGUACAUCUUUUUGAACGAAGUAAUAUGGAGAGAAGAAAAGCUCGCCUCUUGUAUGGAUGAUGAUGAUGAUGAUGAUGAUGAUGAUGAUGAUGAUGAUGAGGAUCCAGGCCCAUAAGAACCUCCCUCUGACUGCCGUCGGUAGCUGCAGACUGACCCUCUCCUGUAGCAGACCAGAGACGCUGACUCUCAGCUCUGUCUUCGUGCUAACAUGAGGUUUGAGGAAGUCCUGCAUGAAGUUGGAGGCUUCUGUAAAUAUCAGUUUCUGGUCCUGCUGGUCCUGUGUCUGCCCCGUGCCAUCCUGCCUCUUCACUUUCUCCUACACAACUUCGUCUCUGCCACCCCUCCUCACCGCUGCUCCCUCGGGAGCCCAGAAGAAAGAAAUGGAAGCAACAUUCCUUUAAUCCCAGAGAUGCUGGUCCUCAGGAUCCCCCGCCAUAAAGAUGGCUCCUUCAGCUCCUGUAGGGUCUAUGAUCCUCUACUGACCAACAACCUCAGCUGGGAAAACGGAACCGUACUUUGUCCUCAUGGCUGGGUCUACGACCAGUCCCAGUUCAUCUCCACAACUACCUCAGAGUGGGACCUGGUCUGCAAAGACAAACCGCUGAAUCAAGCUCUGGCUUCCUACUUUUUCCUCGGAGUCACAUUUGGAGCAAUCCUAUUUGGACAGCUUUCAGAUAAAUUUGGUCGUAAGUCCAUGCUCCUGUUGGCUUUAGUUGCUACUACAAUGUUUGGAGCCACCUCCGCCUUCUCCACCUCCUACACCAUGUUCGCCAUCUCCAGAGCUCUUUCUGGCGUCGCCCUCUCUGGUCUUUCCAUCAUUGGAGUGGUUCUCGGCAUUGAGUGGACCGAUGUAGAGCACCGGACGUUUACUGGAACCAUCAUGAGUCUGUCGUGGAGUGUGGGGAACAUGUUUCUCGCUCUACUGGCCUUCUUCUUCAGAGACUGGAGGCAUCUGACGCUGGCUGUGACCGCGCCUUGUGUUGCUGCCAUCAUCUUCUGUUGGUGGCUGCCCGAGUCGGCACGCUGGCUGUUGGCAACCGGAAGAACCGAGGAAGCCAAGAAGUAUUUGGUUCAGUGUGCUAAAGUAAACAAGAAGUAUCCGUGUACAUCCAAGUUGGACACUGAGGGUCUGAGUAAAGUCGCGGUAUCUUAAGUGGCUGAGAAGAACCACACCUACCUGGAUCUGUUCAGAACCCCUCAGCUGAGAAGGAUAACACUCUGCUCCGGCUUUUUCUGGUUUGCUGUUGCCUUCCUCUACUAUGGAAUCAGCUUCAAGAUCUCCGGUUUUGGUGUCAGCAUCUACGUCACUCAGUUCAUCUAUUCCGCCAUCGAGGUUCCUGCCAAAAUCCUCACGUUCUUUGUGGUGGACUGGAUCGGCCGGAGGAACGGCCAGGCGUGUUUUCUGAUCACAACGGGAGCUCUGAUAGGAAUCAACACAGCUAUUCCUCUAGAGUACUCUGUGCUUCGCACGUGCGUCGCUGUGGUGGCCAAAGGCUUCUCUGAGGCGGCUUUCACCACAGCGUUCCUCUACUCAGCUGAACUCUUCCCCACUGUUCUCCGACAAAGUGGUCUUGGCUACACUUCGUGUCUCUGUCGAAUCGGAAGUGCCCUGGCUCCAAUUGUUAUGAUGCUGGAGGAUGUUUGGCUUCUACUGCCCCCUGUGAUCUUUGCUGGGAUUGGGAUUAUCAGCGGCAGCUUGGUCCUUCUGCUUCCAGAGACUCUCAAUGUCCAUCUGCCAGAAAACAUCGUUGAUGUUGAAGAGGGAAGGCAUACGAAGAGCGAUGAAAAUGGAGAUGCACAGAUUGAGCUCAUGAGAGUAAGCUGCAACGACACGUCGACGUCACGAUUUAACUAACCUGCAGCAGUUGAGAGAAUAAGUUCCUCCUGAUGGCAAAGUGUGCGUGUUUGUGUGUGUGUGUG